GUAAGAGGGACGAAGGGGGCGGAGGGGACGGAGGGACGGAGGGGCAAGGGACAAGGGGACAAGGGGACGAGGGACGAGGGACAGAGGGACAGAGGGACAGAGGGGACGAAGGGACAGUGGGGACGAGAAACAAGAGACAAGGGACGAGAGCCAAAAAGCAAAAGGCCAAGGGACAAGGGAGAGGAAGAUGUCCUUGCAAGGGGACUGGCAGGCACGGUUGUCUGCGCCGGUUUUGGCACGUCUUUUUCCGGAAGAGACGAGAUGCGAUGAUGGUGAGCCAGCUCAUGAAGCUCAGGGCUUGCUCGAGGGCGCGCUGGCCACCGUGACUGUCUGCCUCGGAUCCCUCAGCGUCAACGAGGACAAGGACGCCGACGGUGCAACAGGGCUUCAUCGUGUUGAUCGCACGGCCGAUGACGCCCGGGUGUUGGCUGGCUAUCUCCACCGGGCUGCGCGCGACCCCCGCGUCGAGCUCGCUGCAGAACUCGACGCUUGCUACUCAGUCCUAAAAACUAACGUCCCAGACCCGGAGCACCCGCUGCAACGAAUCGCCACCCAGCUGCUGCAGCGAGCGGUGUUCUCUGACCCAAAAACCGCAGUCGAAACGGUCUUGUUGCCGUUGCUCCCCAUCUUUGCCAUUCUGCUGGAGUGUCGCUUGAGGACCGCGCUCGCAAGCGCAGACUCGGCCUCGGCCACCACAGCAACCACACCCGCACCUGCAGCAGCCCUCUUGCUUCGUGACAUCCUGCUGCACCCACUUUUGGCCACGUGGGCGACUCGUGCUGAACGCCGACUGGCUUGGCUGCUUGUCGGUCCCCCCACGGGCCUCAAUCUCCGGAAUCUCCUCUGGCAUGGAUUCAUCACCCACUCGACCCCGCUGCCUUGGACAUUUUGGCUCAUCUUGCCGCUCCUUGUGGCUCGAUGGACAUCUCGCCUCCCGUCCUUGCCUCCGCUUUUGGCCGAAGCCCAUGUACAGGCGCAACUUGACGCCAUGCAACUGCGGCCUGGAGGUAGAGCAGAGGGCCAGCUGCAGCGCUGCCUCGCCGCGCUACCCGCUCUGACCAGCCUUUUACCCGCCCUGACCAAGGUCCAUCCUUGGGAGCUUACAAGGACGCUGUUGUGUCGUAUUGAAGUGGCCUUGCGGGCGCGCUUUGCAAGGGCCAAUGAUUGUCCCGAGCGUGUGCUCUGUGCGGAAGAGGCGACGCUGUUUACCACGCUGGAUGUCGUCUUGGCCCCCAAACACAACGAGCACCCAAACACCCUCUACGCCAACAAUGGCAGCAGCUCCCACGCCUUGCCCAUGGCGCUAUCUCUGUUUCUUUUUGAUAUGUUCCUCGCUCCCGAGGGCCCACGACUGCGGGAUAAGGUGGCGCACGGUCUAGUGGCCACGCUACGCCCAAGUCACUUGUGCGCCCUCGGGUGUGUGCUAGCAACCAUAGAGACUUGCUCGACUGCUGUACCGUCUCCAAAGUGGCUCGCCACCUACGUGCCACGGCAUCACCCCCUCGGCGUAGCCGUCGCAAUGUGGCACGCCCUCGCGGUGGCCGAGCAAUCGGGUCUGCACAAUCUGGCAAUCUUGGGCAGGCACCCAACAGCACCCACGCCGCUGUUUGCUGAGCAUCUUCAAAGCCUAAGGAUUGCCGCGCGCUUUGCCGCCGUGGAAAAGGGCCACGAAUUACAUCACCCCGACUGCGCACUGUGUGCGACCUGGUGCACGUUGGACGACAGUGCGGCGCAGUUGGACUUGGUGGCACUGCUGGCAGGGUUGGCUCUUUUUGACUUGAGCCACGACCAGCUCAAGCUCGCCAAGCUCAUGCGAGUGUGCUUGACGCAGCUCAAGCAAGCCUUUGUCGAACUGCGGCAGCUCGAGGGCCGAUUGCUUGUGCGUUCGCGAGCAACAAGCUCAUCGGGGUCCCGAGCCCAACGACUUUUGCCCCUGGUUCGGAGCGUGCUCUUACCCUGGCUCACCCUGCAAGUCAUAGAGCUGGGUGCCCUGCUCUUACCCGCUUGCUCUGGGGCCUGCACCACGCCCAUCGCCGGUCGGCUCUUUCCCGUGGCCGUUGAUGCCGCCUGCACCCGAGCCGCACUCCGUUGGCUCAAGCGUCGGCUUCAGACGCUGCAACGCAUCAACGCCGAUGCCCCACACAACAAAGUGACUGUUCUGCUCACCCUUUUCUGUGCCGACGUUCAGCCAAUACCUACGCCCACCGUGUCUGCGACGCCUUGUUAA